GGGGUCCGAGGAUCCCCCUGUGACAGCACCAUGUGAAACAGAUAUGGUGGAGCGAGGCAUCUGCGCCUCAGAGCCGUGUGACCCGACUUCGUGCCACCCCGAGCCGCGCGUCGUCAUCAUCGGAGCCGGCAUGGCGGGCCUGUCUGCAGCCGUGCGCCUUACGCAGCGUGGCAUCAAUAACUAUGUCAUUCUAGAAGCCUACGAAAGGCCGGGGGGUCGAAUACGUUCAGCCUUUGUAGGCGACGUGGUUGCCGAGUUGGGUGCUGGCUAUGAGUAUCCCCAUUGUGCUACUCACCCAAUUUAUAAAAUAACGGCAGAAGAAAAUCCUCCCCGUCCCGGCGUGCCUGCCAUCGCACAUUCGCGUGGCCUCUUUAACAGGGUAGCUGCAGGAAAAAUGGAUUGUAGACCAAUUAUUACGGCUUACUAUAAAUUUCGACAGAUCGAAGAAGAAGCGGCUGCAAUUUUCUGUCUAGGAGGGAGUAAGCAGCACGGAUCUUUAGUCAAUUUUAUGAGUUUGAGAAUCCAGCAAGAGCUGCAUGAGUUUCCAGAAGAUCAGCAGCACGACGCGGCUAGGAUAAUGUUCGGGCUGUCACACAUGCUGACCGCGCGCUCCGGAUACGACAGCGCCAUGCUGUGUUUCGACCACAUCGGCUACUACAUGUCCAUGCAGGGUGGUGAAGUGCGCGUGCCCCUCGGGACUGUAGGUGCAUUAGCACCGCUGCUUAGAGUUAUUCCUGAAGGUCGAAUACGUUACUGUAAACCCGUAUGUUGUGUCUACUGGGGAACUGCUCAGAAACAAGGAACUCGCGCAGUAGUGUGUACAGUUGACGGUGAGGAAUUCCACUGUGAUUAUGUCAUUAGUACCGUUUCUAUUGGCGUCCUUCUUGCAAACUGUUCAAGGCUAUUUUGCCCGGAACUGCCGCUAUCAAAAAUGAGUGUUAUGAACCAGAUCGGAAAUGGUAUAAUUGAUAAUAUUUACUUAAUAUACUAUCGCCCAUUUUGGUAUUGGCACAAUGGAGACAUAGACUUCAAAUGUUGUCAUACCCAGCUUUGCAGUGAAAAUUGGACCCGUGGAAUCACAACCAUCCAGAAGGUACCUCACAGCAAAUAUGUCCUUUGCGUUCGAGUGGUUGGAGAGGAAGCACGAAUGAUGGAGAUGUUGGGUGAUCAGGACGUGGCGGAGAGCAUUACAAGUCUAUUGCGGCGUUACACUGGUAACAAUUGCAUUCCGUAUCCCGUGGCAAUCGUUAGAUCACAAUGGGCUACAGAUCCAUUUUUCUUGGGAUCUUAUUCGUAUGAGAGAUCGGACACCUGUGGUCAGGCUCAGAGACUUUUCGGCUGCCCUGUCCCUGGACCGGGCGAGUCGUGCCCUCCUAUCAUCCUGUUUGCCGGGGAAGCCACGACGCCCUAUCACUUUGGUACUAUAGCCGGCGCGAGACUGAGCGGCAUAAGAGAAGCGGAAAGAAUAGUUCAAUUAACGUUGCAAUUUGAAGGACCUCCUCUUCGCGAUCUGCGCCGGGAAGAUUUAAAUAUACAAGCUAAGAAAUGUGAGGCUAAAAACUAACUGUCUAAAAAUACU